CGCGCAUGCGCAGUGAGCUCCGUGGAGCAUCGGAGCGGUCGGGCGGUUCCGGUGGGGAACGGAGUGAGAGAGCGGCUGUGGGGCGGCGGGGCUCCCUGUGGGGCUGAGGGACGCCGCGCGCCCCAUAAGUGCCGCUAUGGGGCUGCUGUCCGACCCGCAGUGCCGGCGCCUGCUGACCCGCAUCCUACAGCGCUUCAAUGUGCCCCUAUGCGCUGUGUGCUACUCGCUGGCGCUGCUGUGGUUCGCGGCGCUGCCCCCCCUGGCGCCGCGCAGCUCCAUGUCCGAGAACGCCAUGGGCUCCACCAUGGUGGAGGAGCGCUUCCAGCACGGCGCCAAGGCCGCCGCCUACGGCAACGAGUUCGAGGCGCAGCGCCGGGCCGCCGGCGGCAUGCCGGUGCAGUGGCUGCAGCGCACCAUGUGGGCGCUGGGCCUCGAGGUUCACACGCAGCGCUUCGCCAGGACGCUGCCCUUCCCCGAUGAGAGCAGGGAGAGAUACUGUCAUCACCCCAAUGUCCCCAAUGUCCCCGAUGCCCCUGUUGUCCCCAAUGUCCCCCCCACGUCCCCCUGUGUCCCCUGUGUUCCCAACGCCGACGCCCUGAUCCCCCCCCCCAAAUCCCCCUUUUUUCACCCCAUUUUUCAGAUCACCAAAGUGAAAUACGUGGACAAAAUCCACAUUGGGCACUUUGAGAUCGACGCCUGGUAUUUCUCCCCUUUCCCCGAGGAUUAUGGGAAGCAGCCCAAGCUGUGGAUCUGCGAGUAUUGCCUCAAGUACAUGAAGUACGAGCGCACCUACCGCCUGCACCUGGGUCAGUGCCAAUGGAGGCAGCCGCCGGGACGCGAGAUCUACCGCAAGAGCAACAUCUCUGUGUACGAGGUGGACGGCAAAGACCACAAGAUCUACUGCCAGAACCUGUGCCUGCUGGCCAAGCUGUUCCUGGACCACAAGACGCUGUACUUCGACGUGGAGCCCUUCGUCUUCUACCUGCUGACCGAGGUGGACCGCCAGGGGGCGCACAUUGUGGGCUACUUCUCCAAGGAGAAGGAAUCCCCAGACGGGAACAACGUCGCCUGCAUCCUGACGCUGCCGCCCUACCAGCGCCGCGGAUACGGGAAGUUCCUCAUUGCCUUCAGUUAUGAGCUCUCCAAGCUGGAAAGCACCGUGGGAUCCCCCGAGAAGCCGCUGUCGGACCUGGGCAAGCUGAGCUACCGCAGCUACUGGUCCUGGGUGCUGCUGGAGAUCCUGAGGGACUUCCGGGGCACCCUGUCCAUCAAGGACCUCAGCCAGAUGACCAGCAUCACGCAGACGGACAUCAUCAGCACGCUGCAGUCGCUCAACAUGGUGAAGUACUGGAAGGGGCAGCACGUCAUCUGCGUCACCCCCAAGCUGGUGGAGGAGCACCUCAAGAGCGCCCAGUACAAGAAGCCGCCCAUUACCGUCGAUUCCAUCUGCCUGCGCUGGGCUCCUCCGAAGCACAAACAGGCGAAGCUGGCCAAGAAGUGACGCCGGAUGCCGUCAGCGUCACCCAUGGGUGCCCCCAGCACCCAACGCCGUCACCCAUGGGUGUCCCCAACCCCCUCAAGUGUCACCAUGCCCCAUGGGUGCCCCCAACCUCCUCAGGUGUCACCGUCACCCAUGGGUGCCCUCAAAACCCAUUGCUGUCACCUUUAGGUUUCCCUAACCCCCUCAGGUGUCACCCAUGGGUGCCCCCAACACCCAUUGCUGUCACCCAUGUGUGCCCCCAGCACCCUCAGGUGUCACCUUUAGGUGUCUCCAACCCCCUUAGGUGUCACCGUCACCCAUGGGUGCCCCCAACACCCAUUGCUGUCACCCAUGGGUGCCCCCAACCCCCAAUGGUGUCACCUUUAGGUGUCCCCAACCCCCUCAGGUGUCACCGUCACCCAUGGGUGCCCCGAACACCCAUUGCUGUCACCUUUAGGUGCCCCCAACCCCUUGAGGUGUCACCCGUCACCCAUGGGUGCCCUCAAAACCCAUUGCUGUCACCUUUAGGUUUCCCUAACCCCCUCAGGUGUCACCCAUGGGUGCCCCCAACACCCAAUGCUGUCACCCAUGGGUGCCCCCAACCCCCUCAGGUGUCACCUCUAGGUGUCCCCAACAUCGUCACCCAUGGGUGUCCCCAGCACCCAACGCUGUCACCCAUGGGUGCCCCCAACACCCAUUGCUGUCACCUUUAGGUGUCCCCAACACCCUCAGGUGUCACCG